UGAUGUGCAACAACUAUUAUGUAUUCUUUGUGCAGCCGCUUUUCCAUCCAACAGAGGUUUAUCACAACAUAUCCGCCAUCGACAUAUCUGUGAAUACAAUGAAAUGCUCCAACGACGAAUCAAGUCUCAGCCCGUGUCACGCAUAUGGUCGCAGUCUGAUGAUGCUUCGCUCCUGACGAUCGCUGAACGUGAGACUAAAAAUUUCCCCACCAAAAAUGACCUGUGCCAACAUAUAUCAACAAUAAUGACACGUAGGACUGCUGAAGCCAUUAAACGACGGCUCCUACACCUUCACUGGACGAAACCGUCUACCCCAACCCCAGACGCCAUUUCGUACCACGUCGCUCCCAGCACGCUCAAUACCGACCCUAUCACGUCCCAGGUGUCGCAUACACCUACACUGAACACUGAAGCUCACGAAUCACAUCUUCCCGUUAACGACUCACUAAUAGACCUCAACCAAGCCCAACUGAUACUCGACGCCACAACGUCGCCAGAUGUGACGCCGCCCCCACUACCGCAGCUUCGCGUCGUCUUAACACCUCUAUCGUCCCCGACCCAACUACGAAACCCUCCUCAUGCAGAUACAGCUCCCGACCUCAUUAGAAAUUCAAUGCGAAUACCACAGAAUUACACCUGUGACUUAGACGCUUCAUUUGAUAUGUCUCCUCCGCGAUUGAUACACCCAGACAUGUACAGUUAUCAGUGUUCAUCAGUCGAACAGGAAAAACUGUUAACAGCAGCAGUAGAACUCCUCCAAAAUGAAUGCACGAGAAUAAGAUCCUCUAGCCUACUUGCCUUCAUACAACGAGACAUCAUGAAUAUGAGCGCUGAGGAUGUAUCCGCCUUCGUCAACAGCCAUGCAGAUACGGUUUUCCCCAGAACAUGGGUUCCCUCCAAACCUAGGUAUCAUUAUCGCUCCCAAUUAAACAUUUCUCGAAAGAAGAUGAGGAAAAUCGCUUACGCACGUAUCCAGACACUAUUUCAUCACCGUCCAAAAGAUGCUGCCAACACUGUUCUAGAUGGUCGGUGGAUGAAACACCCUGUUGCUAGCCCAUUCGACAUUCAUAACUUCGACAGUUUCUAGACCUCUGUCAUGACUAAACCUAGCACUAUGGAUAACCGGGAAAUUGUGCAAAUAGUAGACACCACACCAUCCCUCAUCGAACCAGUUCUUCCCUCCGACGUAGCAUGGGCGCUAAAAGAAAUGCAUGGUACGGCCGCAGGAAUAGACCGAUUGACGUCAUAUGACCUGUCGCGAUUCGGAAAGAAUGGUCUGGCCGGCUACCUGAACACGCUGCUUGCCCUAGCAUGUCUCCCCAAGAACUUGUCAACCGCAAGAGUGACAUUCAUCCCCAAGUUACUAAACCCCACACACCCCGAGGACUACCGCCCAGUGAGUGCCCCCCCCCCUCAACAAUCACAAGGUGUCUUCAUAAAAUUCUAGCCAGAAGAUGGGUGCCACUGUUCCCCCAAGAAAGACUCCAAUUUGCCUUCCUGCACCGCGACGGCUGUUUUGAAGCCGUUAAUCUUCUCCACUCGGUUAUUCGGCACAUCCACACGCACCAUACAGGAGGUUCCUUCGCCCUGCUGGAUAUCUCGCGAGCUUUCGACACAGUCUCGCACAACUCCAUUAUUAGAGCAGCGAAGCGAUACGGCGCACCAGAACUAUUAUGUAAAUACCUCAGCAAAUACUACGGUGACGCCACAAGCUGUCUCAAUACCACGGAGUGUCAUCCGACAUGUGGAGUUAAACAGGGUGAUCCACUUUCCCCGCUAUUAUUCAUCAUGGUCCUGGAUGAAGUUCUGGAAGGUCUAGACCCUAUGACCCACCUGCAAAUCGACGGAGAGGUUCUAAACUACAUCGCAUAUGCGGAUGACCUUGUAAUAUUCGCUCCAAAUGCAACGCUGUUACAACAAAAACUGAACCGCAUCUCCUCACUUUUGCACGAUGCUGGAUGGUCAGUAAAUCCCGAUAAGAGCCGAACCGUAGACCUGAUUUCUGGGGGCCACAGCAAACUUACAGCUCUUACACAAACAGAAUUCACCGUCGCCGGAACUCGUAUCCCACCAUUAUCCGCUUCAGACUCCUUUACAUACCUAGGAAUACAGUUCAAUUUCAAAGGUCAGUGCCCAGUUGACCAUAUCAAAUCAUUAAACAACUACCUACUAGAGAUUACACGCGCUCCCCUUAAACCGCAACAGCGCAUGAAAAUACUAAGAGAUAAUCUGCUGCCUAGACUACUCUAUCCCCUGACUCUAGGAGUAGUUCAUAAAAAUACUCUAAAAUCUAUGGACCGAACGAUACACGCCGCCAUCAGGAAAUGGCUAAGACUACCCUCUGACACCCCACUGGCGUAUCUGUAUUCCCCAUUGCUUCAGGAGGUCUCGGCAUCCCACACUUGACCUCAUUAAUUCCGCUCCACCGCCGUAAGCGACUUGAAGCUUUAUUAUCAGCACCCAACCGACUGCUACACAAACUGCCCACGUCCCCGGCCCUAGCCUCAUAUUCUCAUCUUGGCCAGAUGUAGGUCCGUAUUGGACAAGAACGUGUGACAUCGAAAGAAGAGAUAUCCCGAUGUUGGGCGAAACAACUUCACUUAUCCAACGACGGGAAGGGCCUUCUUCUUGCACAAAACAGUAAGGAGUCGCACACAUGGCUACGUUGCCCACAAUCCAUCUAUCCUAGUGUCUACAUCAAUGCGGUGAAACUACGUGGUGGAUUACUAUCUACCAAAACAAGAAGAUCUAGAGGUGGUAGGAUAGUAGGUGACCUCCGAUGUAGGGGAAAUUGCAACCAUCACGAAACCAUCCACCACAUUUUGCAACAUUGCUCGCGCACUCAUGACAUCAGGUGUAAGCGACAUAACGAACUUUGCCAACUUGUUGCAAAGAAACUCCGCAGACUAGGAAUUACGUUCUUAGAAGAGCCAUGUAUCCCCCUAGAAACAACCUACUGCAAGCCGGACUUUAUCAUUAUACGGGAUACAAUCGCCUACGUGAUGGACAUAACUAUAUCGGGCGACGGUAACACUCAAGCAAGCCGUUUGUUAAAAAUCUCGAAAUACGGCAAUGAGCAAACCGUUGCAUCGAUUACACGCUUCCUCUCAUCCAACAGACUCAAUGUUUCAAGCGUCAGACAAACGCCCGUCGUCCUAACUUAUAGAGGAAUUCUCGAAAAGACUAGCUCUCAAUCCCUUCGUCGCCUAUCCUUCUCGUUCCGAGAUCUUGGUGAUCUAUGUCUAAACACAAUCCAGGGUUCGAUCAAAAUAUACAACACGUAUAUGAGAGGAACUCAACGUUCAUGCUCAUAACUUCAUCCUUGAUCAAACGGUGCUCUGCUGUUCUUGUCUAUCUUUAUUAUUUCUUAUUCAUUGAGUGAUGCGGUUAUGUUUCUAUGCCUGCAUGUCUUCUUUCCACUUUGUCCGCUGCCCCCACCUGUCCAGGAUCGUAUUCCGAUCAUUCCUCCGUUUCUUGUUCGCUUUCAUUAAUGAUUGUUUCACUUAUUUCAAUUGGUUUUCAUGAAUCGACUGACUAUCUGUGUGUGCCCCGGCGGUCUCCGAUUCCCAGGUAUCGUGUUCUCUUUCUCCCUUACACCAUUUAUCUAUUCAGUUAUUUAUUUAUUUUCCCAUUAUUAUUAUUUUUAUUUAUUUAUUUUUUAUUUCUAUUAUUAUCACUAUUUUUUCUUUCUUCUUUUUUCUUUUUUCUCUUUUUUCUUCUCCACUUCUCCUUCGUAUUCUCUCUCAACUAACCUAAGCACUAUCCUCAUAAUGUUCCUCUUACAUACAAGAGUUUUGAGGUAACUGAGAAGAUCUUUUCUUGUACAUCUUGAGUAUUCCAUUUUGUUUCAAACCCACUUGGGUGUGUACAGUUUGCUACUCAAAAAUAUAUGUUAUUAGCCAAAUGCCUCGUCAUCUAAUUAGUGACGCGCAUGAAUGGAUUGACGAGAUUCCCACUGUCCCUAUCUACUAUCUAGCGAAACCACAGCCAAGGGAACGGGCUUGGCAGAAUUAGCGGGGAAAGAAGAUCCUGUUGAGCUUGACUCUAGUCUGACUUUGUGAGGAGACAUGAUGGAUGUAGUUUAGGUGGGAGCUGGGUGCUUCGGUGUCCAGCGCUAAUGAAAUACCACUGCUAUCAUUGUUUCUUCACUUAUUCAGUGAAACGGGAACGAAAUUGUAUUUUGGUUCAAAGCACAUUCCGGAGUGCGUGGUCUAUCGCUGCGUGCUUCGGUAUCUUGGUCAUGUCAGAUGAGUCGUGGUGCAAAUUGCGGUGUUUGAGUCCUGAUGUGAUGUGCGACCCGUUCUGAAGACCAUGUCAGGCGGGGAGUUUGACUGGGGCGGUACAUCCGUCAAAUGGUAACGCGGGUGUCCUAUGGUGAGCUCAGUCAGGACAGAAACCUGGCGUAGAGUAAAAGGGCAAAAGCUUACUUGAUUUUGAUUUUCAGUACGAAUACAGACCGUGAAAGCGCGGCCUAUCGAUCCUUUUGAUGUUAUUUUCGGAGUUUGAAGCAAGAGGUGUCAGAAAAGUUACCACCUUGAUACCAAAGCCAAGAUGGUGGAUUCCUCAAUAAUCCCCAUUCUCACAUAUGGUCUAGAAUCAAUAGUACUAAGGAAGCAAGACUGGUCUAGACUAGAAGCGAUGUUAAAUACAGUAAGACGGAUAAUUCUAAAUAUAAAUGAUAGAAAACAAUAUACUGUUGAGCAACUUAAACUUAAAAUAAACUUACCAAACUUAGCCAGUAAAAUUAUGCAAAACAGACUAAACUUGUGGUAUGUAGCGCAUAAAAGACCAAAUAACCUAAUGGUGAGGUCUUUAUAUAGUAACUUUGAAAAUCAGUGCAACAAUAGGAAGGCCCAUACUAAAAACUGGCUAAGACAGCUAUUUCAAGACAUUAAAGAAAUGGGUGAGCGCCUUCCUAGUAACUGGAUAAACCAACCCAACAAGGUUAAAAUAAACGCAUAUCAGGAGCACUUUCCAAAAAUAAUAAGGAAACGCCAGCUAAACCAUGUAUGCCAAAAUGCAAACUGUAACAGAAAGUUUGCUACAAUUAAAGAAACGAACAGACACAUUAGAAACGAUCACCAAAAUAAAACUAAUAGUGAGUCCCAAUAUAACUGUCCCUUAACUGACUGUAAUAAAACGUAUAAGACGUUGGGUUGGUUAAAUAGACACAUGCAGUCAUGCCACCCACAAUAUAAUCUAACUAAAACUGAACCCAAAACCAAAACUAAUAAAAUAAACUCCAAAAACGAACAAAAUAAAUGUCCAUACCCAGGCUGCAACAAAACUUUACCAACUAAAAAAGGUAUAAUAAAUAACUGCUAUGUAGUACAUAGGUGGUCAGCAAUCACCGGACAGGAAGUAAAACCAAAGGCAAAAAACAAUGCAAAAACAGCUAUUGCGCCCCGGUAGUUGUGCCGUGCUUCGAUGUAGCCUCUUCUCCAGAAGGGCCUACUAGGCUUCACCAACUAGUUUGGCUGGAAGGGGCACCACAGGGAUAACUGGCUUGUGGCGGCCAAGCGAUCAUAGCGACGUCGCUUUUUGAUCCUUCGAUGUCGGCUCUUCCUAUCAUUGUGAAGCAGAAUUCACCAAGCGUUGGAUUGUUCACCCACUAAUAGGGAACGUGAGCUGGGUUCAGACCGUCGUGAGACAGGUUAGUUUUACCCUACUAAUGAGUACAUCAGUGAAGUACAAUCUGGCCGUUGCUAUGGUAAUCCUGUUUAGUACGAGAGGAACCGCAGGUUCAGAUAAUUGGUAUAUGUGCCUGGUCGAAAGGCCAAUGGUGCGAAGCUACCAUCUGAGGGAUUAAGACUGAACGCCGUCUGAAUCCCGUCCAAAUUUGCAACGGUACAUUCUGUAUCCGACACGUGGCUGGGCAAGCUUACGUAUUCCUUUUGGUGUCUGGACUGGACCAUGUGUUCGGCCAGGCCCAUUAGGUCUGGUGUUAUGCCAGAGCGAUGACCGUAAACCGUGCUCCGGAUUUUGGGGUACGGGGAUCGACACGAUAUCUAAUUGUGGUGUGAGCGUGAGGAUACUAAAUCGUUUGUAGACGACUUAAUGUUUUGUCAGGGAGACGUACGUGCUCGAGCAGCUUUCAUACUGCGAGGCAUUGAAUCCUAUCCCUGCUUGACGUAAUGAUUUGAGGACAUGUUCCUCUAUCAUUUCCCUUACUGC